AUAAUUUAAUAUAUAUAAAUAAAUAAAUAAAAAAAAUAUAAUGCCGCCAAAAAGAAAAAGUAAAGCUAGUAAAUUUGCUCGUAUGAGUGAGGAAGAACGUGCUCGUUAUAUGCAGCAUCGUGCAGAAUUAGAAUUAGAAGCGAAAAGACGUAAACAACAAUUGAUAGCAAUUUUUAGUAAGAACAAACUGAAACGUGAAGAAGCAUUUUCAAGAAUAAAUACAGCAAAAAUAAACGAACAAUGGCGAUUCAUUCUUCGUCAGAUUAAAUGUAAAGAAUUUUAUGAUGAUAUUAAAUAUCUUUGGAAAAAUUUUGAUAGAAUGAUUAAUACUAAGGAUAAAAUAAUACAAUUGUUGUAUGUAGAAAUAGAAAUGGCAGAUAUCGAUCAUAGAAGAUUGCAAGAAGCUCAUAUUGGAAUUAUAGACAAAAUUAUUGAAUUGUACGCCCAGAAACUUAGAGCUUUGUGUGAUGAUUACGUUAAUAAAGUGCAUAGCAUUCAAGGUAAAGAAACAGUGGAAUUAAAUAAAUUAAAAUCGUAUAUGGAAAAGAAUUGUGACGAAAUUAAAUUGAUUACUGUGAAUGAGAAAGUAGAAUUGGAAAAAAUAUUAGCUAAGACUAAUUCGCAAAAUGCUGUUAAUAUUUGUAAUUUAAUUUCAUUGAGAAAAGAUAUGAUGCUAGAACUUAAGAAUAAAAUUUCUAUUAAAGUAGAAAAUUUAUCGAAACAAUUAAAUGAGAUAAUGUUAGAAUAUAAUACAACUACUGAAACCAAGAGGAAAAAAUAUGAAUCAUUGAAAGAACAGGAUGAUGCUAAUCUAACAGAAAUGACACAAUAUCCAAAAUUAAUUACACAAUUGCAAAAUAAAAUAAAUAAUGUAAAAAAUGACACAGACAUUUUAUUGGAAAGAAGAAAGUCUAGCAUUAACGAAUUAAGAUAUCAGAUGAAAUUUAUAAAUCAUAAAUUAUUAACAGUAAAAAAAAAUUUCAAAACGGAUCAAAUUUUACAAUCUGAACAAUUAAAAAAAUUAAGCGUUGUUUGUAAUACCGUCAUUAAGGUGAAAAACAAAGUUCAUUAUUUAAUCUAAUUAAUCUUAUAUUAUAAUAUUUUUUGUCUAUGUUUACAGGAUUUAGAAAAAAUUCAUGAAAAAAGUAUUGCACUGUUAUCAUUGAUGAAAUUGUGUUCAGAAUUAGAACCUUUAUCGGUAUCUAUUAAAAUGUAUAUAUCUUC